AGAAAUCGCAUCAUAGCACACAAGCACCCGACAAUUCUACAGCCAACCACCAAAGCUAGCUCCCUGUUCACUUUCUUCCUCUGAUCAAACCCAUCUUCUCGGCAUGGCCGGCUCUCUAGUUUUCACAGUACGAAGGCGCGAACCAGAACUGGUUUCUCCAUCUAAGCCCACACCCCACGAAUUCAAACAACUCUCUGAUAUCGACGAUCAAGAGGGUCUUCGGUUCCAAAUCCCGGUGAUUCAGUUCUACAGAUAUGAUCCCUCGAUGAAAGAAAGCGAUCCCGUGAAAGUCAUCAGAGAGGCACUUGCAAAAACUCUGGUGUUCUACUACCCAUUUGCCGGUAGGCUUAGGGAAGGGCCUGGCCGGAAACUUGUAGUUGAAUGCACCGGUGAGGGUGUCUUGUUCAUCGAGGCCGAUGCCGACGUGACACUGAAACAGUUUGGUGAUGCUCUUCAACCUCCAUUUCCAUGCUGGGAGGAACUUCUUUUUGAUGUUCCGGGAUCCGGAGGAGUCCUUGAUUGCCCAUUACUGCUUAUUCAGGUGACACGUCUCAAGUGCGGCGGGUUCAUCUUUGCGCUGCGCCUCAACCACACCAUGAGCGAUGCUGCCGGCCUGGUCCAGUUCAUGGAGGCCUUGGGAGAGAUAGCUCGCAGCGCAAGUGCCCCUUCCAUCCCGCCAGUGUGGCAGAGGCAUCUCCUCAACGCGAGGGACCCACCGCGCUUGACGCGCACUCUCCACGAGUACGAUGAAGUGGCCGACACGAAAGGGACCAUCAUCCCCCUCGACGACAUGGCUCAUCGCUCCUUCUUCUUCGGCCCCACCGAGGUUUCCGCCCUCCGCAGGUUCGUGCCGCACCACCUCAGCCAGUGUUCCACGUUCGAGAUACUUACCGCCUGCCUCUGGCGUUGCCGUACCAUGGCACUCCAGCCCGACCUCGACGAGGAGGUGCGAAUUCUGUGCAUCGUCAAUGCGCGUUCCAGAUUCAACCCUCCAUUGCCGACCGGCUACUACGGGAACGCUUUCGCGUUUUCCGUGGCGCUCACGACCGCCGGAAAGCUCUGCGACAAUCCGUUGGGCUAUGCUUUGGAACUGGUGAGGAAGGCCAAGAACGACGUGGACGAGGAGUACAUGAGGUCGCUGGCGGAUCUGAUGGUGAUUAGAGGCCGACCCCACUUCACGGUGGUGAGGGCGUAUCUCGUAUCGGAUGUGACACGUGCCGGGUUUGGAGAGGUUGAUUUCGGAUGGGGCAAGGCUGCUUAUGGUGGGCCAGCCAAAGGUGGGGUAGGAGCCAUUCCAGGAGUGGCGAGCUUUUAUAUUCCAUUUAAGAACAGUAAGGGAGAGGAUGGAAUAGUGAUGCCAAUUUGCUUGCCUGCAGUAGCCAUGGAAAGAUUUGUGAAGGAGAUGGAUUACUUUUUGAAGGAAAAUCAAGAUGGUGGGAAGAAAUCCACUUUCAUUGCGUCUUGCCUGUGAUCCCCCCAAUCUUUUACCAAAAUGCCCGUGCUUGUUGUAAGAUAAGAGAGAGAGAAUCCAAUCCAUCCAUUAUCCAUAUCCAUGCGAUGAUGUAUUAUUAUUUUUUAUGAGUAUUAUAUGCAACAAUAGUGUGUGCGUACUUUUGUUA